GUAGUCGGUGACCCCCCCGGCGACGGCGCGACGGCGAGCUCGGGGCUGCGCUGCGGCCCUGCCUUCCGGACGUGCCUGCUGGCAGGUGUGCCCCGGGGGCCUGAGCAGCGCAGCCGGGAACCGCGUUUGCCCGGAACGAGGCGGAAGCCGGAGCAUUUGAGGGACUGGACCGCGGGAACCCGGAAACGCAUGGGCCGCUCCAGGCUUGAAGCCGGCAGGGCGGUCGGGGCCGGCGGCCGUGCGCGUCAAGGAUCUCGGGCUGCCAGGCGGGCGCGACAGUCUGGGGCCCCCGGCGGAGCUGAGCCGCGGUCUGCUGUGCGGGCAGCAGGCCGAGCUGCGCGGGAGGCAAAUGAAGAUAAAACAAUGUCUGCCAACCUAAAAUACCUUUCUUUGGGAAUUCUGGUAUUCCAGACAACCAGUUUGGUUCUAACAAUGCGUUAUUCUAGGACUUUAAAAGAGGAAGGACCUCGUUAUCUAUCUUCUACUGCAGUGGUUAUUGCUGAACUUUUGAAGAUAAUGGCCUGCAUUUUGUUAGUCUACAAAGAUAGCAAAUGCAGUCUAAGAGCACUGAAUCGAAUACUACAUGACGAAAUUCUUAAUAAACCUAUGGAAACACUUAAACUUGCUAUUCCAUCAGGGAUAUAUACUCUUCAGAAUAAUUUAUUGUAUGUGGCAUUAUCAAAUCUAGAUGCAGCUACUUAUCAGGUUACAUAUCAGCUGAAAAUUCUUACAACUGCAUUAUUCUCUGUAUCUAUGCUUGGCAAGAAAUUAGGUGUGUACCAGUGGCUUUCCCUAGUAAUUUUGAUGACAGGAGUUGCUUUUGUACAGUGGCCCUCAGAUACUCAAGAGCCUGAUUCUAAGGAACUUUCAGCUGGCUCUCAGUUUGUAGGCCUCAUGGCGGUUCUCACAGCAUGUUUUUCAAGUGGAUUUGCUGGAGUUUACUUUGAGAAAAUCUUAAAAGAAACAAAACAGUCAGUGUGGAUAAGAAAUAUUCAACUUGGUUUCUUUGGUAGUAUAUUUGGAUUGAUGGGUGUAUACAUUUAUGAUGGAGAACUUGUAUCAAAGAAUGGAUUUUUUCAGGGAUAUAACCGUCUCACCUGGAUAGUAGUUGUUCUUCAGGCACUUGGAGGUCUUGUAAUAGCUGCUGUUAUUAAAUACGCAGAUAAUAUAUUAAAAGGAUUUGCCACCUCUUUGUCCAUAAUAUUAUCAACAUUGAUAUCUUAUUUUUGGCUACAAGAUUUUGUACCGACAAGUGUCUUCUUCCUUGGUGCCAUCCUGGUUAUAGCAGCUACUUUCCUAUAUGGCUAUGAUCCCAAACCUGCAGGAAAUCCCACUAAAGCUUAGUUGAAUACUAUCUUUAACUGGUUUUUCACAAUGGUGCACUAGGAUUCUCAAUGUUAACCUUACACAGAGGACUUCUACAGAUUGAAGAAGGUAUCAUCAUCAUGCUGAAUCUGAUCAUAUUGUUCAAAUGGUUUGGAAAUACGUAAAGAGUAAAAUAAGUGUGUAUGUUCCAGAAUAUCUAUUGCAUUUAGAGGUCAAAACUUGAAAGUAUUUCCAAGGAUUGGGAUUACUGAACGGGACUUAAGUUCUGAAUUUUUAAAAUAUUUUACCUAUUUGAUUGCUGCAGGCAUGUCCUAUGCACUCUGUAAGAGCACAAAAUGCCAGAUACCAAUCUUUGCAAAUCAGAUGUACUUAAUCUUGUUAAAUGUUUUUCUUAUUCUUUCUGAAUAUAUCAAAUCAAAAUAAAAUAUUGUUUAAGAUUAUAAUUACCUAUAGAACUAUAAGAAAUAGAAAAUUUGAAAACAUUUUUAUGUAUCAGAUUUUUAUAUUUAUACUAAUGAUUACUAGACAGAUUUAUGCAGCUAUAUAAAAUUGAUAAAGUAACAUUCUGAAUAUGAUUUGUCAGAGAAUAAGAUUCAUAUUUAAAUUUAAGGUAGAGAAAUAGAAAUACCUAUUUCUCCAUUUACAUUUUAAGAUCUCUUAAUGCUUUGAAGCUGCUGAGAGCAAUUCACUUGUUCCUGUGCUAGAUAAUAGACAAUGGCUUUUAUGCUAAUGGAGUUUUGUCUUUAGUCUUUUACCUGAAUUCCUUUUCUGUAAAUCAGAAUCCUUAUUAUUACUUUAAGUUAAACUUCUGUAUGUUAAUUUCUAUGAAACUUGCGAAACAUAAAGGUAUCAUAUCAUUUAAUAAUUUAAGAUAAAAUUGUUAUGCCUAAUAUCUCCAUUUGGAGACUUUUGAACUAUCAAAGUAUAUUCUGUACACAACCAGAAUGCUUAAAAAUAAGUAUUUUGGGGGGUUAAGCGUAUGGGGCGCAAAGCUCAAGGACCUGCGUAAGGAUCCCAGUUCGAGCCUCCGGCUAUCCACCUGCAGGGGAGUCUUCACAGGCGGUGAAGCAGGUCUUCAGGUGUCUGUCUUUCUCUCCCCCUCUCUGUUUUCCCCUCCUCUCUCCAUUUCUCUCUGUCCUAUCCAACAAGAAAUGACAUCAACAACAAUAAUAACCACAACAAGGCUACAAAAACAAGGGCAACAAAAGGGGGGGGAAACGGCCUCCAGGAGCAGUGGAUUCAUGGCGCAGGCACCGAGCCCCAGCAAGCAAAAAAAUAAGUAAAUAAGUAUUUUGGGUUUGGGAAAUAGCAUAGUGGUUAUAUAAGAGACUUUCAUGCCUGUGUCUCUGCAGUCUCAGGGUCAAUACCUGACCCCACCAUGAAACAGAACAAAGCUGAGGAGUGCUCUGUUUUUUUUUUUUUUUUUAAACUCAUCAAACUAUAAGAACUUCCUUUAUGGGGGUAGGGCUGUAGCACAGCGGGUUAAGAGCACAUGGUGCGAAACUCCAGUGUAAGGAUCCCCGUGAAGCAGGUCUGCAGGUAUCUUUCUCUCCCCAUCUCUGUCUUUCCCCUUCUUUCUCCAUUUCUCUCUGUCCUAACCGUCAACAGCAACAUCAAUAACGACAGUAAUAAUGACCACAACAAUGAUAAAAAGG